AUGGACGACCUGGCCAGGACCGAGUAUCCCGGCAUGCUGGCCCAUCUGCAGCCCGGCCAGGCCACGCAGACGCUCAACGAGCGCGUCAAGCGCAUCAACAAGAUCAACCUCGAGAUUGCCGACUGGCUCCAGGAGCGCCGUCGCGUCGAGGAACAAUACGCCCUCGGCCUGCGCAAACUUACCCAAUACCGUGCUCCCAAUUCGCACUCAGACUUGGGAGUCUUCCAAGCCCCCUGGGCCCGAAUCAUCGAGUCCGUCGAACGCAUUGCCCACUCCCACCACGUCUUCGCCGAGCGCAUCGAGCAAGAUGUCGAGCAUCCCCUGCGCGCAUAUCAGCAGCGGCGUGACAUCCAGAGCAUGUACAACAUCUCGAGCAACCUCGGCGCCAUGGCCAAGGACCUCGAGGAUGCGCAGGACAAGGCCGACAAGCUCAACAGAAAGGGCAACAAGGUCAGCGCCCAAAAGGUCGACGCCGCCACCUCGAGGCUCGAGUCGGCCACCCAGCAAUGGGAGUCCCAGGCCCCCUUUGUCUUCGAGACGCUGCAGGCCUUGGACGAAUCGCGCGUCAAUCAGCUGCGCGACCUCCUGACUCAGUACCAGACCAACGAGGCCAACCAGGCCCAGCGAGCCCAGGACAACGCCGUCGAGGCCCUCGCUGCCAUGCUCGAGAUAAGCACCGAAAAGGAAAUUCGCGACUUUGCUCAGAGAACAACGGCUGGCAGACCCGCGGCUCUCACAAGGUCCUCGACUAGGCGCUCGCCCGCCGCCGGCCCUAGACCUGUCAGCUCGGCCGGGGCACCGCCAUCGCUUCUCCCCGGCACCACAAACAACUCAACCUUGUCAGGCCCUGCUCCGACCGCAAGCUCUCAAGCCCCGGCCGAUGACGAUGUCAGCGAUCACAACCCCCUCCCGACCGAGGCCAAGCCAGGAUCCAAGCUUCGGCGCCUGGGAACAAUGCUUGGAGGCCGACGGCGGCAGAGCGUUCACCUUGGAUUCGGCCCGUUGGCGGUUCAGAAGACGGGCACGACCUUUGGGCGCUUGGGCAGCAGCCAUGGACGCGGCAUAUCUCCCAGGCCCUCGACGAGCAACUUCCAUCAAGACUCGGGCCGGCUGUCCGCGCUCGCCGAGACGCCUGACCAGCCAAGCCAAGACGAAGCGGCUGCCGACGAGCACAAACCUUCGCACGAGGGAACCAACGGGGUGGCUGACAGCCAUGCCGGGCCGGUGGAUCCCCCCUCCUCGUCGGCCGCUACCGCUGGAGGGCAGGCCGAAGGCUCUUCGCCGGAGAGCAAGGAUGCGGAAGGCUUCACGAUACGGGCACCCAUGAACGAUCCGAUUUCCGAGGCUCAGCGUGAGGCUGCGGGCGAGGACGCGGAUCAACUCUUCAAGCUCAAUAUACAGACCACGCCCGUCGAGGAGGAAGAUCCUCAAGCGAAGCAGGCCGCGUUGUCGAGCGUGGUCAACACGCUCAAGCUUGGUCCUGCGACUCGCCGCUCCAGCACCAUCAGAGGGCGUCGCGACGUGCGCAACACCGUCUACGUACCCGCCCCUUCGUCGAGCAUACGCGAGGGCCAGUCCGACGGCGCCAUGCCGUCGAUAGCAGGCUCCCCUCCCGCGUCCUCGUCAUCCUUUCCCCGGCAAACGCCAGUUACUGCGCUCGCAUCCGAGGCGAGCAUCGCGGGCACGUCGGAUACGCAGUCGGUCCGGUCCGGUAACUCGCUUGGUAGCUUGACCCACGCCAAGCAUCCUGACAUGACGGGCCCCGGGCUGAAUAGCUCCAUCGUCGAAACCAUCUCGGCCGUUUUUGAGGACGGAGUGGUCAAGAGCGCGUCGAUAACGGGUGAGAUCGCUUUCGCCAAUAAUCCAUCGGACUCGGAGAGCAAGCCACAUGAGAUCAUCCGGAUCAACAACUUCCCAAACCUGGAACGCAUUGGGCCCAACCGCAUAUUUGUUCAGAACUCUUCGCCAGACCAACCUGAUCAGUUCACGCUUGACGCCUCUCACCUGGCCAAGACGGCGACGGCAUUCUCCUAUCGCGUCUUCGCCGAGGAGGCCGAGCCCCCCGUUCACGGCCAGCACGCGCCGCUGCUCUUGAAGCCGGCGUGGAAGCCGCAGGGCGACAAGCUGGGCCUCCUGCUGCAGUAUCAGCUCAACCCGUCAGCCCAGUUUACAGCCCCGACGACGCUGCACGAUGUCGUGCUCGUGGCCAGGUACGAGGGCAAGGCCAGUGGCGCACAGACGAAGCCGAGCGGAACACAUCUCAAGGACAAGCACCUGGUCUACUGGCGCCUCGGCGACAUCACCCUGACGGGUGACAUGCAAAAGAUUGUGUGCCGCAUCGUCGGGGCGGACGGCGUGACCCCAACCGCCGGCCUCAUUGAGGCCCGUUGGGAAUAUGCGGCUACGGGCCACGACGCUGUGGGCAGCGGCAUCUCCAUCUCGAGGCUGGAGGAGACGGACAAGGCGGCAGAGGCUGCCGAGGACGAUCCGUUUGCCGACCAGAGCCAGCCUGCUGCCGGGGGCCAGAACUGGGUCAGCGUGCCGCUGCAAAGAAAGCUCGUGAGCGGCAAAUACGAGGGCAAGUAG